UAACCAGUCCAACUCGUAGCUAAACAUGGACGCGGUGGAGUCGUCGGCCGUGGUGAGCUGCGACUGCUGCGGGCUGGAGGAGGAGUGCACCGGCGAGUACAUCGGCGGCGUCAGGGCCUACUUCUGCGGACGGUGGCUGUGCGGGCUAUGCUCCGAGUCCGUCAAGUACGAGGCCGGCCGCAAGCGGGCGGGCAUGGAGGAGGCCGUGCGCGCUCACAUGGCCUUCUGCCGCAUGCUCAGGCGAGCUGGCCCCGCGGAGCGCGUCGCCGAGGGCAUGUGCCAGAUGCUUAGGCGCACCGCGUCCGGGAAGCCCCGCGCCGUGGCCAGGUCCUCUUCCUCGUUGCGUCCUGCGGCAGCGGCGCCUAUCACCGGGCACCACCGCGCGUCGACCGGCCUGUCUGUCCGCCCGUGAUCGAUCCUCUGUCAGCGGCGGCGACCGGCCUGAGUUAGGGAGUGCAUGCUUUAAUUACAAGUGGAAGGCAGAACUUCCUGUGACGCUUGAUUUGAAUUCAAAUGUUUUGUCCGGAUAUUUUCGAAGACAACAACAAGCAUAACCACCAUCUUUGAAUAUGUAAUCCGUUUGGCUUCUCCUUGGAGAAGGCUUCCUUGUAUCAUCAUGUCCAAACUCCAAACCACAAUUUUGAUACUAGAAUAUCUUUAAACUGUUGUUGAAGUUCUCUCGACACAUUUUUA